GAAAAGAAAAGAAAACAGCAGACAGAUUGUCCCUCAGCUUUGCUGCACCUGAACGCACCACCGAAGGGACUUCUGGGAAGGAGAAAAGAUGGCGGGACGGUUCAAACUACGGUGGACUGUCAAUAACUGAGCGGAGUUCCCCGACAGGACCCACGGUCUGUGGUCCGGACACCAUGAACCGGUACCAGGCGAAGCUCGAGCCUCCCGUUCGGGUGGCAGAUUCUGGGUCGGAACCACGRAGGACCAGAGCACCGAGAGCGAACCGUCUAAGCCGAUCCUUCAGACUGACUCAGGCGGUCCCGGCAGUGGAGCUGGACUCUCCCCGGAGCCAGCGAGUCCCAGAGCGGCAGACCCRAAGCUGCAGAACCGGGCCUGCAGCAGUGGAUCGGAGACAGCGCCACCAUCCCCUGUACUCCGGACCUUCAGACUCCCAGAACCAAGAGGAAAUCCCCCAGAGCAAGUAGUGUGGAGGACCUGCUGCGGCUCGCCAAACGCUUCGACCACAACCUCUGCCAUCCACAUGAGGAGGACCUGGACCCUCAGGACCUGGACCUGCAGGACCUGGACCUGCAGGACCUGGACCGGUUAGCAGAGCUCCAGGACAUCCAUCAGAGCAAAGCUUCAGCAUCUCUUCCAGAGGACCGUCAGCUGGCUGUGGACCCAGCACCUGGGACAGGGACAGACCUGGACCAGGACCAACAGCUGGACGACCUGGACUUCCUGUUUGACGAACCAACUCAGAACCUCAGCUGGGACCUCGGGCAGACUCCUUCAGGUCCCUCGGAGGAUUGUAGGAGACCACCUGAGUCCGGUGGGUCCGGUUUUACCCAUGAUGCAUUCGAGGACGACUGGGAAAAUGACGACUUGUUAAAGGACUUGUUGGUGCUGGACAUGAUCCAGAACCCACAGAACCUCAUCCCCCCGAAGUUCUGCUCCACCCAGAAAUCAUCAGGACCAACAGAAYCGCAUGGUCCUGGCAGGUUGGCGGGUCGGGUCGGACCUAGAGCACAGAAGGGGAACCUGAGACCCAGAGCCACGUUCAGACUGGAGUCCAGACCUGGUUUUUCUGGUUCCACAACCCAAACGGACCUGCAGGACCAACAGGUGGAUUAUAGAUCUAAAGACAGUCAGAGGACCGGGUCUCCCACUGGAACCGGACUGCACAGAACCRAGCCAACCUGUCACUCAAACCCUUUGAGACCAGAACCUCAGAGGAGUUCCUCUGAGACCUUCAGACCGGAUGCAGUGGACUUCAUGGACCUGGACUUCCUGUUCUCAUCAGACCCGGUCUGGGACRACCCGGCUGACGACGAGCUGCUGUGUAAACUGUGUGAGGACCUGGAGAACCAGAACAUCAUCACCAAACAGAGUCCGGUUCUGUCCCAUCAGAGAGCAGCUCUGCAGCCCAGCCACAGAACCUGCAUGACCCGGGUCCAGAUGGGCCCUGCUGGGUCCUCCGGUCCAGGAGGAGCAGCUGGGAGGACGGACCACCCGGUAACCAUGGCAGCCAGUAAAGGUAAAUGUUCUGCAGCAGAGAUCAGGCUGAAGAAGCAGAAGGCCCUGCAGAGGAGGUACCAGAGACWGCAGGUCCAACAGAACCGAGCCGGGACCAGCUGACUGCAGGGCUCAGGCUGCUGCGGACCGGACCUUGGUUCUGAUGAACGUCGGGCCGGGCCGCUCUGUGACUCUAACACAUGUUCUCCUGGAAACUGAUGGUUCUGUUCWACAGGAGGUCCAGCGGGUCAGAACCACUGCUUAUAAUAAAAGAUAGAUUCGUUCAUGGUUCAGAACAAGUUGAAGUUCUGUAAAAYGAUCCGGUUCUUCAUCCUGACCGUGGUUCUGGUUCGGGUCUUCUUGUCACUCAUUAUGAACAGAUGAUCAGAACCAGAACCAGAACCUUAUUAAUUUUAUUUGACCGAUCAGUGGACUCUUCAAACCUGAUUUAAAACAUUUAAAGAGAAAUUAAAUCUGACUUUAUUUAAUAAACCUUCAGCUGGAAAUAAAA